CCUCCUUCCGCUUCUGGCUCCCGGUUGCUAGGCUGCCAGGGUCCGCGCGGAAAGCUCCCGCAGGGCCCUGCUUUCGACCCUUGACCUUUCCUUUUCAACUGCUCUGAGGCGACCCGGCACGUGCCUCCCACCCGGUUCCUUCCCCCUUUCUGCGGCGUCCUGGUGUCGGGCACGUCUUCUCAGCGUAAGCUAAGCAUGGGGCCAGCGAGGGUCCCGGUGAGUCUGGAGGACCAGGCGCGAGGACACGCAGUGCAGCGCGACUCCUCAGGCAGAGAUUGCAGCCGGGUGCGGUGCUGCUACUGACUCGCCUGCAUCAUACUUACUAUGCGGCAGUAACAUGUUCCCGGCGUUGGAAACAGACCUAAAGCAGGAGACGCUUCCUGACCCCUAUGAGGAUUUUAUGCACCAUCACCUCCAGUAUUAUGGAUACUUUAAAGCCCAAAAAAGCAAUCUACCAAAUUCUGCUACUCACCAUCGUGUUUGGAAGACUAGCCCUCGGUACAUGUUGAAUGGCUCUUUUGGAGAGAAAGAUGAUUUGAUCUCGGACACCUUGGAAACUGAGACGUUUCUAUGGCCUACCUAUUUAUCUUCAGCUGGGCACGCUCAGGUAGACGCUGUAAACCGAGAUUCACUUAUGCUGAGUUCGCCACUUCUUAGGAGUAGACAGCUUCUUUAUGAUGACCUGGAUGAAGUGAACCCACGUCUUCGAGAACCCCGAGAGCUCUUCUCAAUUUUCUCCAGUCGGGGGCCACUGCAGGCUCCAAGAUGGCCAAUAGAGUGUGAGGUCAUCAAGGAAAACAUUAGUCAUAUUGAAUGGGUUCCACCUCAACCAGAGUAUUUCUACCAGCCUACAGGAGACGAAAAGGUACCGGAGAUUGUGGGAGAAGAGCAAGGCACGGCUGUUUACCAGUUAGAUUCAGUCCCCACAGAAGGUGCCUACUUCACCAGUUCCAGAAUAGGAGGCAAACGAGGAAUUAUCAAGGAACUUGCUGUUACAUUGCAAGGGCCGGAAGAUAAUACUCUAUUGUUUGAAUCGAGGUUUGAAAGUGGGAAUCUGCAGAAAGCUGUCAGAGUAGGCAUCUAUGAGUAUGAACUCACCUUGCGAACUGACCUCUAUACAGACAAACACACCCAGUGGUUUUACUUUAGGGUUCAGAAUACCAGAAAAGACGUCACCUACCGCUUCACCAUUGUCAACUUGCUGAAGCCCAAGAGCCUUUAUGCAGUAGGGAUGAAACCUCUUAUGUACUCUCAGUUGGAUGCCAUCACCUACAACAUAGGCUGGAGAAGAGAAGGCCAGGAGAUCAAGUACUACAAGAACACCACGGAUGAUGGGCAGCAGCCCUUGUACUGCCUCACCUGGACCGUUCAGUUUCCUCAUGACCAGGACACUUGCUUCUUCGCCCACUUUUACCCCUACACUUACACUGACUUGCAGUGCUAUCUCUUGUCAAUUGCAAACAACCCCAUCCAGUCUCAGUUUUGCAAGCUCCGAGCUCUGUGCAGGAGCCUAGCGGGGAACACCGUCUACUUGCUCACCAUCACCAAUCCAUCCAGGACCCCUCAGGAGGCAGCCGCAAAGAAAGCGGUGGUGCUGAGUGCCAGAGUCCACCCUGGAGAAAGUAAUGGCUCCUGGAUCAUGAAAGGCUUCUUGGACUUCAUCCUUAGCAACUCCCCAGACGCCCAGCUCCUCAGGGACAUCUUUGUCUUCAAGGUGAUUCCCAUGUUAAACCCAGAUGGCGUGAUUGUGGGGAAUUACCGGUGUUCGUUGGCUGGAAGGGACUUGAACAGGCAUUAUAAAACUGUUCUUAAGGACUCUUUCCCUUGCAUUUGGUACGCCAAGAAUAUGAUCAAAAGACUCCUGGAAGAAAGAGAGGUUCUCUUGUAUUGUGAUUUCCAUGGUCACAGCCGCAAGAACAAUAUCUUCCUGUAUGGCUGUAACAGCAACAGUCGUAAGCAUUGGCUUCAUGAGCGUGUCUUCCCUUUAAUGUUGAGCAAAAAUGCACCAGAUAAGUUCUCUUUUGACAGUUGUAACUUUAAGGUCCAAAAAUGCAAAGAAGGGACGGGACGAGUUGUGAUGUGGCGGAUGGGCAUCAUAAACAGCUACACCAUGGAGUCUACCUUUGGCGGGUCCACGCUGGGUAGUAAAAGAGACACCCAUUUUACUGUUGAGGACCUGAAGUCUCUAGGUUAUCAUGUCUGUGACACUAUCCUGGAUUUCUGUGAUCCUGACCAGACCAAGUACACUCAGUGUCUACAAGAGCUUAAGGAGCUCUUACAACAGGAAAUCCACAAGAAGCUCAAUAACUUGGGACAAGAUAUGGACUUAGAAGGAAGCUGGAGUGACAUUCCUUUGUCAGACAUUGAAUCCAGCACCAGUGGCUCUGACAGCUCCCUCUCGGAUGGCCUUCCUGCUCACCUGCUGAACUUAGCAGACGAGUUGAAUCAGAAGGCGAUGUUGAAGAAGCCAAAAAAGAAGAGACUCCAGACUAGAAAACAGCGAAAUGAGCAGUACCAGAAGAACUAUUUGAUGCGGGAGCUAAAGCUGACAGAGAACAACACCCCAGGAAGGGCAAGAUUUCCUCCUACUCUGCAAAAGCAGCCUACUUUUUUGAAAAAUCCUGAGAAUUCUAGUUCUUCAAUAAUGAGAAAUGAAAAACCAAGGCUCAAUGAGACACAAUUAAGUGGAAGAGACAAAGGCACCUCCCUGGAUCCACCAUUGACCAGCCUGGUUCUACCUAAGAAUAAAGACAUAACUCAGAGUAAGAAGCCAGGCUUUACAGCAUCAUGCUCUCCAAAGAGAAGCACAAACUCCAGCCUAGGGCCAGCUCCAGAUGUCAAGCCAAACUGGCCUAAGACUAGAUACCCUGCCACAAGGAAAGACCGCACCCCCAUGGUGGCGUACCCAUCCUUACACAUAUACACAUACCCGUAGGCGUACUUUUGCUGGGACACGCAGGUGCUGCCUCCAAAGGUUCUGGGUAGUUUUAUUGGCGUUUGUUUUGUUUUGUUUCCCAGACUGUGUUGGGAACCAAACCUAGGGCACUGAGUAUACUCGGCAAGUGCUUUAUCAUUUAGCUGCGUCUCCAGCUCCCUUGAAAAGGUUGUGGGUUAUACACAUUUUACGAGAGGAAGUCUAUGGAUGCAAUGGAAGCUCUGCUUAUAGUGUACCGUGCUGUGCCUUCGCCACACGCUGACCUGCACUCUCUACUCCCCUGUUGUGUACAUAUGGGCAGAUGCAUACCUCAUGAAUUCAGUAAUUUUAUUCUAAGACUAGAUUAUAUUUUGAUGUAUAGAAAAGUCUUUAUUGAAAGUUGAAGCAUAUACUCAUGAAAAGACAGCAUAUAUAUAUAUAUAUAUAUACCUCAUUUUAAGCCAAUAGAUGUUCCCUCUAAAGUUAGAUGCAAAUCAGUUUUUAAAAGAUGAAACUGUUUUUAAAUGUGUUUUGGGAAUGUGCCAUAUGAAAAAGUCUAUGUCAAAGUUUCCAAACGGUAAAUGACCAGUCAGACUGUGGUGUUAUCGGGUUUGCUCAAAAUGAGGUAUUUCUACAUAGAAAAAAAUUAAAUGUAUUACUCAUAAUUUAAUGUUGCAUAUAUUAGGUUCAACAAGGCUGUGUAAAUUUUUUAAGUCAACAAUUAAAAUUCUUUUUCUCUGUUA